AUGGGCCAGCUGGCCUCGAGACUCACUUCAGCUCUGAUACAGAGGUGCCGCAGAGCUUUUGCGGCGAAGAGGUGCUACAUCUUCGAAGCCCCCACUGAGAUACGGCUCCUGAUCUACGAGUUCUACUUUGCUUCUCUCCCCGUCGACCCCAACUUCAAGCACAGCGACCAGCCAGCAAUCUUACAAACAAGUGUGCGCAUACGCAGUGAAGCUUUCAAUGCCUAUAUCGUACAUCUUGACAAGGUUGCAGCAGAACAAGCAGCCAAAGCCGCUCGAGCAGAUCGCAUGUGGGAGGCCUGGGAGGUUAUUUUCAACAGCUGCGACUCGGAGGAUCCCUUCCGCGCGGUGAUUGCGAAGACUGUGGAGCUUCAGUGUCGGAAUGUCAUACACGAGGUCAACUCCACUACAGCAUUGAUGAACCUGGUCACCGAGGAAUGUAAGAAGCAUGAGGCAUGGAUGACGCAGUUUCUUGUGCGGCUGAUUGAGAAGAAUGCGUGGCUGGCAGAGGAGAUGGCACGUACAUACGUGCAGCAACUGAAGAGUGCAGAAACUGAAGAUCAUGAUGCAUAG